UUGUGAAAAUACAUAAUUUAAAAAGCUUUUGUGUUGAAAUAAUUUAAUAGAAUUGUGUAUUGGGAAUAUAAUGGCAUAAAUAUGAUUUGUAUAUAUUAUAAAGUGGAAAAUUGUGCCGCGACAUAAACGACCAAAUAUAAACGCAACUGUGAAAUGCAUCUAUUAAGCAGGAGUGAAUACUGCACAAGUUAAGAAAAGCACGCUACCUCCGGCCAAUUGGCAGAACUUCCAUUAACUCCUUCAAGCAAUUUUAGCGAAUCAUACUAAAAGAAAACACUAAAAUUCCAAAACAACGUACUUCACAUAAACCAAAGCAACAUCAAACAUAUCCAUCCGAUUGCAAUUCUAAUAAAAUUUAAGUCGAAAAUAAAAAUAAAAUUAUUUACGCCAGUAAAGUUAUACUAUAACGCAAUAUAUACACACAUAAGUUUGUAACUUAAUAACAUAUUAUAUUAUAAAUUUCUAACUUUGCUACAAAACUAAAAAGUAUUAACCAUUCUGCGUAAAAAAAGUAGAAGUCCUACAAUUUUGGCACAAAGUAAACAUCUUUAAAAGCAUUUAAUAAAGAAAUCAUGGAUUGGGUUAUUCAUGACGAACUCGGCAUCACAGUCGGUCAUGUGGCGAGCGGAGCCGCAGCAUCUGCUAUGGUAAUCGGCGGUGUUAUACCAUACGUACCGCAAUAUUUGGAAAUAAAGAAAACUCAGGAUGCAGACGGAUUUUCACUUCACGUUUGCCUUGCGCUAUUGAUUGCAAAUUCCUUAAGGAUUUUUUUCUGGUUUUCCAAGCAAUAUGAGCUUCCGCUUCUUGUACAAAGUGUUGUGAUGAACAUUACUAUGUUCCUUAUGAUCCAUUUGUGCGUUAAAGUGAAACGAAUGAAUGCUUCCAAUAGGGAACUCACAUUCUCGGCUGACGAUCUGCGUCUACCAAAAGUAACGACCGACACCGAUACUGCCGGUUCAGUAUCCACAGAUGCCGGCGUUUUGAAACGUGCCCGCUCGAGACACUAUUUAAACGAUCUCGAUUAUAAAUAUUUUUGGAAUUGGAGCGAUUUUCAAUCGUAUCUCGAUUUUAUGCUCGUUGUUUGGGCAGUCGGCGCAGCUAUCACAUAUCUAAUGUUAUCUGUUACGUGGUUCAUGGAAGCGGUUGGCUUUUGCGCAGUCUUCACCGAGGCUAUGUUAGGAGCACCACAAUUUCUACGGAACUUUAAGAAUAAAUCAACUUACGGAAUGAGCAUCCAAAUGGUCAUCAUGUGGACGCUAGGUGAUAUGUUUAAGACUGGCUACUUUAUUGUUAGGGAAUCUCCAACACAAUUUUGGAUUUGUGGAACAUUACAGGUUAGCUUAGAUAUUGCAAUUCUUUUGCAAGUGUGGUUCUAUAGAAAGAACACGAAGGCGCGUGAUAUGCGCCGCGGAGAUUAGCAGUUUGCCCCCGAAGAACAACCACAACAAACACAAAACAAUCCACAUGAUAUUCACACUCAAACCAAUACCACGGACAACAACCAAUCUCUUGCUAUUUCGCCUACGAGUAGCGGAGAUGAUCAUCUGCUUACCGCAAAUGCAGAUAAUGAACAUUUCAACAACUAUGGAAAUACCGAAUAUAAAAAAUAUCAUGAUAACAGAGCCUUCCAAUAUCACCACAAUAACAAUACACUUUCGAAAAUAAAGGGGUUAUCCAAUGUCAUCCCAACUGACGAGAAUUACGCAUUAGACGCCGUAGUGAUUGUCAAAAACUCCAAUGGCAUAUUAAGAAACUCAUCAAGUCGUUCGAAAUCUGAUUUUCCAAUUGAUAACGUUGCGGCCACAGAAACUGAUGGCAGAGCACGUCGCAGAUGCCGGUGUCAACAUAGUGAUGUGGUGCGGCAGCGCCAUAAUGCCACACAAACACCAAGCUCCAUAGUGAACUGCAGCCAAUUGAUAAAUUGCCAUAGUCAUAGCGCAUCAAUUAAUUGUUGUGGAAACAGAAAAUCUACCGACUGUUGCAGCCUAAUUAGUGGUGAUUUAAAAUCCGGUGAAAUUACAUCGCACUGCCACAUCACACACCAUUGUCACCAUUAUUCUCCGGGCAGUGGUGGGGACGGAGAGAAGAGCAGCAAAAAGUCGUGUGGGUGUAAUAAACACAAAAAUAAUCGACAUCAUCAUUCACACCAUCAUAGGCACCGACAUCAUCAGUAUCGUCACUUACAAUCGGAACUUCAGCAACGGGAUAAACACGUCCGCCAACUUCCAGGUUAUACCAGUAAGUCUUCCUUUGACUCCAGCGAUGAUCUACAACAAUCUGGCCUUGGAAAUCAGCAAGAACGCUUGCACGACAUUGCAAUUGAAAUCGAUGCAGCCACAUUGACUGAAGACAACACAAGCACUGCCACCUCAAAUUUUGCGUAUAAAAUGGCGAAGGCUAAUAUAGCGCCCAUAAUAAUGGCGCCAAUACACGACAACGAUGAGGAUGACAAGACACAAAGGAGAAAAUAUCAUGAUUAUCGAUGUGAUUCCAUGAAUUCGACCAGCACAGGAGAAACUGAUGAAUUGUCUCAUAGAAAUUCCGGUGUGAGACAUAAGAAGACAGAUUGUGAUAACAUACCAAUUUGGACUGAAUCCAACACCGACCGACAUGAAGACACUAUUACACCAGAGAUAGCUUACUGUAAGGACUCUCAGUGUUGCAUCAAGAAGAGAGAGGCUAGCAAACUUGACGCGGCACAUAACGAAUGUGUUCGAAUUCAGCGCAAACAAUUCAAGGCGAGUGGAGCAGAUGAAUGUUGCAGCACUUGCUCACAUUGUUCGGAUUGUUCCUGCCAGAAUGCAGAUGCCACUAGCUGCAGCAGUUUCGAUGAGUUGGAAGCAGACGACAAUGAUGAGGAACGACGGAUGGCACCUCACGAACUAGUGGUGUCGGCAGAAUGUCAUCGCUGUAAUUUCCGUCAAACAUCCACAACGUCUACUGGCGAUGAAGCGGAAGAGGAGGACGGUGGUAAAUAUGAAAAAGUGACCGCUAAAAUGGUCAAACAUUCGCAACGAUCCAUACCGGAUAACAAUGGUACGGAUAGUUCUGCGCAUACGAGUAGAAGGAGCAGUGCGAGUUAUUGCUCCUGUCAUUCGAGCACUUGUUAUUGUUGUGAAUGUAAAUGUGCGGAUGUUGUUGAGGACGACUGCGACUCAACGACUGGUCAGAUGCUUACAGCGCGGGACAACCCCUGUACAGCUUUAACAUCGACUGCCGAACUUGAGCUAGAACACUCAAGUACACUAACACCGUUAACAAAUGCCUCAUCAGCUGUGUCAACGCCUGGUGCGGAAGAAGCCGAUGUGACACUACGAAGUUUGACCAACACAUUUGCCGAGGACAUUUGUUCCUCUCCGAGCCAAUCGGCAGAGUAUUUCUCACUCUCCUCCAACAAUCAGCAAAGCCAUUUUUCUCCCACAGAUACGCCCACUCAUAGACCAUUGAAGACACCUAGCGAAAUUACAGCGGAUAAAUCGGUCGAUGCCGGGGAACUUGGUAAAAAGCCAUGCAAACACUACACCAAACAUCAUCGCCAUAAAAACCCUGCUUCUGCCAUGGACUGCUACUUAUGACGAAGUGUUUCGCUGGUCGCGUGGCCAGCGAUCGACGUGAACUCGCUACUUCAGCAGACUAUAAGAAAAACGGCCGUUCUUCACGAACCUGCAACAGCGCGACUAACAGAAACACAAGUGUCGGAACAACACCAAAAGGGUACACGACAUGGGAGCAAUGAUAGUUCCACGGCCACAUUGACCCCAUCAAUUACAACAAUCAUCAAAUACCCACCUAUGAACAGUGCAGCUAGUAUUUCCACAGCUUCAGGCACAUCACAGCAGAUAUCACUGCAAUCGCUUAACGCUGUCACAACUGUCACGGCCAUUUGUGGCAGUAACGGUGCUUCUGUGGUCACUACCGCGUCGGCACCCAGUAGCGGUCGUGUGAAACGUACUUCCAAAUUUUCACCUGCUGCUACAGAAGCAUUCAACUGUGACCCUAUACUAUUUGGUCAGGAGCGACGAUCCACAGAAAUCAUCUUAUAGCCAUGUGGCAAGAAUGGGAGAUACAAACCAAGAACUAACGCCUAGAGUGCCAUACUUAUCUGAAGUUUAGUGGUAUGGGAGGAUUAUGUCUCGGCUGACUCUAUUUAAAUCUGACCAUGUUAUAAAUAUGUAUAUCAUUUAGCUUGAUGACCUUUGUCUAUUAGUUUCUUUUUCCAACCUUGCUAGUCACUAUUUUGAGAUAUUUAAUUCGGUUGAUCACUAGUUGUUAAAACACAUGUACAUAAAUAUAAUUUGAAUCCGAAUUUUUUUUAUAUUUUAAACACUAUGCCUAUGCAGAAAGAAAGAAUUGAGCUAUUACAAAUUCUAUUAUAAUUCUGUAUGGUUGAUCUAAUAGAAAAAUUAUUAUGCUUUUGCACACUUUAUCUAUACAUUAGUUUGAUAUUGGCGCGAAUAUUCAUGGAAUUGACUUAUAGAAAUAUCAAAAACCGUUUACCGUACUUUUUACAGGUAUUUAAGACUAGAAUGAGUGUAGGAAUACUGACAAAGUUUUCCUCAUUUUAUUGUGUGAAUUGGAUUGGAAACAAGAUUUUAUGGAACUAGAAAAUGAAUUUCGUUGUUUCUCGGGGGUUCACUUGUAAAUUAUUUAAAUUAAGUAACUAUGUAUUUGUAAAUUAAUGUAAAAUAUAUUAAGAAUGUAUUAAAAUAGCUCCUUUUUUUAUAAAAUUUAGUUUUAAUUUAAAAUUAAGUGUUAUACAUUCUAAUAAAAAUUUACAACUUACAUUGA